AUGGCGGGUUUCGGUCGGUCCAACUCGCUGAGCAUCAACACGGGCGGCGGCGGCGGCGGCGGCGGCGGCGGUGGUGGUCUCUUCGGGAACAACGCAAACCAGGCCCAGCCGACCUCGCAGCCCCAGAGCAGCGGCGGACUCUUCGGCAGCUCCCAGCAGCCCCAGUCGCAACAACAGCCUCAGUCGGGCGGCCUGUUUGGAGGAACUUCUGGUGGCGGUCUAAAGCUCUCGACCCCCGCUGCGACAGGCGGAGGACUCUUCGGCGCAUCCGCUGCACAGUCGAACCAGCCGAAACCGUCUCUCUUCAACACCACAAACAACACACAGCAGCAGCAGCAGCAGCAGCAGCAGCAACAACAACAACAACAACAACAACAACAACAACAACAGCAGCCACAGCAGCAGGCCUCUCUCUUUGGCAAUAUGAACACCCAAAACCGCGCUGCACCGCUGGGAGGCUCAAUGCUAGGAGGGUCGCAAAUGGGUGGCGCCGCACAACAACCCGUGCAGAUGACGCUGGAGUCGAUGCGAGGAACUACGCGCUUCAACGACCUGCACCCAGACCUACAGACCCUGAUCCAGCAGUUUGACGAGGGCAUCCAGCGGAAAAUCAGCUACUGCAACCAAAUCCGCGAGACUCUACCCAGCAGCGAGCAGGACAUUGCCACCAUUGCCCCCGAUGUCGCCUACAUUGAAAGCUACCUUUCCACCAUCGAGACGGGACUGGACAACGACUCCACAAACAUCGCGCACCUAAAAGACGUUGUAAAGAAAGAUGCCGCAGACGCGACCCUCAGCUUCCGCGCCAUCGAGAACCAACGCUUGCCCGCCCAAUUCCACUACAGAAACAACCUCACAGCGUCAAGCGCAAAGACACCCGCUGCAAGUGCCUUGGAUGACGACGACCCAACAAAACCUGUUGAUCUGAUGAACUACUUCAACCGCCGCACAGACGACCUCGGUCGCACUCUCAACCUCUACCAGCGCCAGAUCCGUGACAUUGAAGCGCACCUGAGAACUAUGGAAGCGGGCACCGUCGAGAAGGCACAGCAGUUGACCGGCAGCAGAAGCGCCCCACGGGAUCAGCGUCGUGAGCUUGUUGAGGCGCUCAAGGCUAUCGAGGGUGCCAUUCUGGAUUCAGCAAAGAAGGUGGGACAGGUCAGGGAUGAGGUUACCAAGCAGACUUUGGGUAAUGUUGGAGCGGCUUUGCUUUGA